CGAUCAUCGUCACGCAAGGACAGACCCUGACUACCGACCGCCACCACACCGCCCCAUUCCACCCUUGAACAUCCCAUUCGCGUCAUGUCCAGCCUCGGCGACGGAACGACUGUGGUCGACGGCCAUGUGUCGACAGUGGUGUCGGGCAACGGGAAGGCGCGUUUUGAAGAGCCGUUCAAGCCAUCUGCGCACAAGGCGAGCGCAGCGAACUUCGUGUCCGCGCUCGACUACAUGGAGGAGGACCGCCAGUUCUUCGUGAAGAUCGAGAAGGACGGACUCAUCGCCGCACUGCAGAAGCUCGAUAGGCAGCUCAAGAAUGCUGGGCGCGGACACAUCCUGUCGCGCAAGAAACCGACGGACUGGAUUGGGAAGGAAGUUACCCCUGGACAAAUCGGCCUCAUUAACCAUGGUGGUCUGCCCAAGGUCCUAACGCGCCCCGGACGAUACCCUGGCAUGCCUCUCCGAAACUGGUGGGCACGCAAGUGGGUCGGGACACUAGGACUCUCCGACACGGUCAUCGAGUUCGGCGGUCUCACGGUGGUCCAGGUGUCCCAGAACCAGGCCGCAGUCGUGUCCGACCCGCAGAACCACGUCUUCGUCGUGAAGAACUCGGGCUUCGUCGCGUACGCGAUCGAGGGCACGUACAACGUGCUCUCGAUCGUCGACCAGACGCACCUGCCCACCAUGAUCAAGGACAGGAUCACGAACGUCGUGCUCGGCUGGAGCCACGAGGUCACCAUGCAGAGCCGCACCGGCACCGGCACGAAGCAGGAUUACGUCGUCGCGCUCUUCUUGAACAUCCCGGCGAACAACUGCGCGAUUCUGCAGCGGGGUGACGAUUUGGAGCUGCUCCCUGCAGGGCAGCACUACAUCACAUCCCCGAAUGUGACGCUGCGUGGGCUGUUCACGCUCGGGGAGAACCAGAUCGAGAUGCCGACAAAGGAUAUCUUCACGCGGGACCAGGUCCCUGUCAGCUUGACGAUCUAUUUGAAGUGGCAGCUCACGGAGCCGCUCAAGCUGACUACACACGGGUACAACACGCCCUACGAUGCGCUCAGGGACAAGACGCAGUCGAUCUUGACGCAGAUUGUCGCGCACUUGGACUACAGUUCCAUGGUGAAGCAGCGGUCUCUCGGACCGGACAACCUGGACGACGGCACCGACGCUUCCUCCGCGUUUUUGGAUGCGCUCCGGACGCGCGCCAUGGACGACCUCCACCUCGCCGCGCUCGAGUACGGUAUCAUCAUGAAGGAUCUCGCGGUCAUCGAUCGCCAAUUCAAGGGCGACAUCGCGUCUACAAUGGACAAGCUGACUACCCGUGCAUUGCAAGCACAGGUCGAGGCCGCUAACGUCGACAGGGAGAACAGCAACAAGAUCAAGCAGGAGGAGGGUGCGCUCGCCGUCGCCCGCAUCAAGGCCCAGUCGCAGAACACAAUCGCCGACUCGCAAGCGUACGGCAUCGUCGCCGCGGCCGAGGCAGCAGCAAAGCGCACGCGGAUCGAAGCCGAGGCACAGGCCAAGGCGACGCGCCUCGCCGCGGAGGCAGAGGCAGAGGCAAUCCGCAUGCGCGCGGCGGCGGACGCGGGGGUUGUCGACCAGUUCGCGCGCGAGAUGGAGCUGCGCCGGACGGAGGUCACGCGCGUGCGCGCGUUCGGGUCCAAGGCGGUCUUCGUGCCUACCGACGGGCUCGGGGCGCAGAUGGGCAGCGCGAUGGCCGCGGGGAUGGCCGCGGGACUUGGGGCGCAGAAGGUGGGGGAGAAGUAGGGCACGCGGGGGUGAGGAAGGUUUUGGUUUGGUUUUGCUUUGUUCUGAUACCCUGUGUAUACCACACUCAUUCAGUCUAUCACCUGUACAGUAUCAUUCCGGUAAACUAUCUAUGCAUGCUUGUAUUUCAC